AACCCUAUUCAUGCACUGUCAGAGUUUCAGAGUGCAACUGAAUCGAUAUAAUUUCCCAUGAUGAAAAUAUUCUCGAGAGUAGAAAUUUAAUUUAUUAGAUUAUUAUUAGAUUAGAUUUAGAUUAUCUAAUUUAAUGAAGAAUUCGAAUUUGGAAUAUGAACUACUAGCCAAAUGUGAGUAUUUCAAUCCUGGUGGUUCUGUGAAAGAUCGAAUUGCCCACCGGAUUGUAGAAGAUGCUGAAAAAGCAGGAAUACUGAAACCAGGCGCUACAAUAAUUGAACCCACUUCUGGAAAUACUGGUAUUGGUCUCGCACUUGCAGCUGCUGUUAAAGGGUACCGUUGUGUGAUAGUUAUAUCCGAGAAGAUGUCAAAUGAAAAAGUGGAUGUUCUUAAAGCUCUUGGUGCCGAAGUGGUCAGAACUCCUAUCUCAGCUAGUUCCGAUUCACCUGAAGGACUAUUUGGCGUAACUAACAGACUGAAGAAUGAAAUUCCCAACUCUAUUAUUCUCGACCAAUACAGUAAUCCUGGAAAUCCUUUGGCGUAUUAUGAUACAACUGCUGAGGAAAUAUUGGAUCAAUGUGAUAGUAAAAUCGAUAUGAUUGUACUUGGUACUGGUACAGGUGGCACCAUGACAGGAAUUGGAAGAAAGAUCGAAGAAAAAUCACCAAACACAAUCGUUGUAGGUGUUGAUCCUGAAGGUUCCAUUUUAGCACUGCCUGAAGAAGAAGAAGAAGGCUUGGAUAGUGCAACUUCAUUAAUUCAAGCAGCCAAAAAUUUGAUGAAUGCAGUUGUAUUGACUGUUAAGGCCUCUUACGUGGCAUCAACGAAAUACCCAAGACAAACUGGAACUGUGGCGUCUCCGAUUGUGGUUUGGAAGAUGAAAGCACCGGAGAAAAAACCUUUGGUAAGACCAGAAAAACCAGAAGAAGUUCGAGCCAAGGUGAGAAAAGGCUCACAGAAGAAGGUUCAAAACCCUAUUCAUGCACUGUCAGAGUUUCAGAGUGCAACUGAAUCGAUAUAAUUUCCCAUGAUGAAAAUAUUCUCGAGAGUAGAAAUUGGUACUUGGUACUGGUACAGGUGGCACCAUGACAGGAAUUGGAAGAAAGAUCGAAGAAAAAUCACCAAACACAAUCGUUGUAGGUGUUGAUCCUGAAGGUUCCAUUUUAGCACUGCCUGAAGAAGAAGAAGAAGGCU